UGGAUAUAUCUGGCAACACUUCCACCAUCUUUCUUUUGGUUUUACAUGUUGUUGUCGCUUCUACUGUAAUUUGUAAAAAGCCGCAACCAUGGGUCGUAUGCACGCACCUGGUAAGGGUAUAUCCCAGUCGGCGUUGCCGUACCGCCGUAGUGUGCCAACCUGGCUGAAACUAAGCGCUGACGAUGUCAAAGAGCAAAUAUAUAAACUCGGCAAAAAGGGCCUCACUCCCUCCCAAAUUGGCGUCAUGCUCAGGGAUUCCCAUGGAGUUGCACAAGUUAGAUUCGUCACAGGCAAAAAGAUCCUCAGAAUCAUGAAAGCCAUGGGUCUCGCUCCGGAUCUACCGGAAGAUCUCUACUAUUUAAUCAAGAAGGCCGUAGCCAUGAGGAAGCAUUUGGAACGUAACAGGAAAGACAAGGACAGCAAGUUCAGGCUGAUUCUCGUCGAGUCCAGGAUUCAUAGGCUAGCCCGCUACUACAAGACAAAGAGUGUGCUCCCUCCCAACUGGAAAUAUGAAUCGAGCACCGCCUCAGCCCUGGUGGCUUAAAUUUAAAUAAAAUUACCUACCACUA